CCCCACCUUUUACCGGUACCUGAGGCUAGGUGCCCUACACCCGUGAACGUCUCUUGGAUAAAGCUAGUGACAUUCCACGUUGUGACGUUGGAAGUGUGUCAGUUUCAAAUUGAACAUAAAGAUUUCUCGCUUCUGAUCUGUGUCAGACUGUCACCACUCAGUAUGUCAUCCUCUACACACCAAAUCGACAUCCAGUACCUGAAUCAUGUUAACUCGUGUGCUGUCCCGUGGAGAAGAACCAAGAUGUAACCUCCGAUUAGAGCUCCUGGAUGCUUCUCAUAAAUCGAUCUUCCUUGCGAUUGGGCAUCAGUGGGUAUUUCCGACUUCCAGGCAAAGUGUCAAACGGCAGAUCAGGAACGAACGCGCAAUACUUGCUGUAUCUGGAUCCUAGAAAGAUGUAUGUGAUUCCAGCCAAUAAGAACAUUGACCUCUCUCUGAAUCGUAAAUUCGCAACACCUGGUCUUGAGCCUUCGGUUCUGUCCCGCCCCCGCUUUUCUUCCCUUCCAUCUGGGUUCAUGGUUGAUGUACCUGAAUCACAGUGCAUGAGAAGAACACAAAAAUCGGCAUUGCGUCCGAGCACAAGCCCAGCGCCACCACGCCAGCAAAGUCUAUGGCCUACUGCUAGCAAGACCCACAUUCUGUUACAAGCUACCACGUCCCCACGGCAGUUCUGGAAUCCUAGCUUAGCGGCCUCAACCGCUACAUUCGGCUAGAAUACCCCGAACCGUGUGCGCCUAAAAACGUUACCUAUGAAUCGCAUCAAAGAUCAACAAAGGGGCGGCAGAGAGCCCAAGUAUGAGAAUAUAGUCAGUCAAUAAUCUCAAACGUGGAGUUUUUACGCCAUUUUUUUCUUUUCACUUGUCCCCAUCCUCCACUUUGCAGACUUUCGUUUUGACAGCUGUAGCUCAAAGGGUCGUUCCCUUCUAGUUACUGGACCCUGGCAUUAACUAUCGUGGAUCCCCUCGUUUGCGACCGAACCAUUCUUUUCGGCUCGCGGUAAGCCAUGGACGACCGCAGUUCGCAAGUUUUGGGCGUGGCCAUCACGUUUCUCAUUCUAUGUUGGAUCACGGUUUCUUUGAGAUGCUAUGUCCGGAUGUUCAUGGUGAAAGCAUUUGGUGCCGAUGACUAUGUCAUGGUUGCCACCCUCUUUUUCUUCACUGCUUACUUGUCCUGCCAAAUCGGCGGAGGAGUGCAUGGCACAGGCAAGAAGCGGUAUCUGAUGACGGACGAAAGCGCCGAACAAGCCCUUCAUUUCUGGUUCUUUUGUGAAAUAUUCUACACUAUCUCGACGUCGAUUCUUAAGAUUGCCGUCGGCCUCUUCUUGCUGCGCAUCGCCGUUAAGCGCUUUCAUAUCUGGAUCAUCUGGACUAUCAUGGCCGUUGCCGGGGUUGUCGGAACGACAUACACUUUGGUGGUCAUAUUUCAGUGUAGACCUACUUCGUACUGGUGGGAUCUGGACCCGACACACACCGGAACCUGCCUUUCUGCGACUCUCGUCAUGAACUUCACCUUCGUCGUAUCGGCACUUAAUUCUUUCGCGGACUGGACCUUUGGACUCUUGCCCAUUCUCAUCGUCAAAGACUUGCAAAUGAAGAGACGAGCAAAGAUUGUUGUUUCUGGUGUCAUUGCUCUCGCUGCAGUUGCUUCUACUGCGACCAUUAUCCGGUUGCCUUACACCACCUCUCUAGGGGCAUACAAGGGUGAAUUCCUCUACAACACAGUCGAUUUCGCCAUAUGGACCACCGUCGAAGUCGGCAUUGGUAUCACCGCUGGUUCCAUGGCAACCCUCAAGCCGCUUGUCAAGUCUUUCAAAUUGUUCAGCUCAACUCGAGGCGGCUCUACGAUGCCUUGGAGCAGAGGGACUGGUAGCAAGUUGGGGGAUCUGAGGGGGGCACAGCAACUCGACGAGUUAACACAGUCGGGCGGAAAGACCAAGAUCACUAUCACGGGCAGCAGCGGAGGUCGCAUCAGUGAGUCCGACGAAGAGGGAAUCUUGGGCAAGGACAAGUACAUCGGAGGAGGUGGAAGGGGCAUCAAUAAGAGCGUAACAACUACGGUUGUCCACGAACGCAUGGCGAGUCGAACUACACGACAAGGCUUACCUCGGGAUUUGGAGAGGGGGAUGCCAGGUUCGACGCCGGAAGAUCACGAUCUCGUGCUGGGCUAUGAAGAGAGAAGCAAGGCACACGAGCGGUUCUAG